CAACCGAUCAGUUAACCAAUCAGAGACACUGUACAAGUGACGUUGCGGCAGAAAACUCCGCAUCCCAUGGCAACUCAGACGGCUUGUAGUUUUUCUGAGCGAGCCACGGUAAAUCGCAGGGCUAGAGCCGAGUAUUGAAAAACAACACGCUAUUUUUAUCAAGUGGGACUGUACAAAGGGAUUUGCAGAGCCUAAACAUUGCAGAUAACCAUGCUAAAACUACCUGGAGGACAGAACGCUUCCAACGUCAUGAAGAGCAGCAAAAUCAGCGGUUCCACUAGCCAGAAUCGGAUUGGCAAGGAACGCAAUGUGACCCUGGGCAUCGGGUCGAGAACAACCCUCAACUCCAGCAGAAAGAGCCAGAUUGGGAUCGAUAGCAAAACAGAACACCACAAGCUUCCAGGGGCAAAAGUCCACAAUAUUCAGGUGUUGGAUGACGAGGGUCAUGAUGUCACCCCACAGCCGCUGCUUGCCGCAGACCCCGCCACAGUCAAACAGCAGCAAAGCAAGCUGUUCAAUCCAGGAGAAUCAAGUCAUGGGACCCCUACCGAUCUCAUGUCACAAGCAUCCAUUUAUCAGACUGGAACAACAAGCUUUGCUGGGCCAUUUACAAGAUCUGUAUUUGGAGCCAGUAUGUCGCAUGCCUCCAGUCAAUCCAACACUGAAUCAUUCACAGACGAGAUUGCUGAGCCUACAUCUAUGAAAGAUAUGCUGAGUGGGUUAGAAGAUAUCCAGACGAGAAGGGAGGAGACGAAGGAGAAUCUAACGGAAGAAGACCUUGAGAAGCACAUCCCCAUCCACCUGACGGAGACGGCCACGAUCUGGCUCCUCGAUAUCAAUGGAGUCAGCAUGUCCUUGGACGCGGAGGAUGCGUCGGAAAUCAGAGACAAGAAUGAGAAAUACAAAGAGCUUUGCAAAAGCCGUGAUGGAAAUGACAGAUAUGCCGAGAGGGGCAUGCAGACGUUCAAUGACCUGCCUAAAAACAAGGAUAUCCAGACGUCUAGGGUCAACUAUGUCGACCAAGAAACAACAGUAACAAAUUGGGAUAUGUAUGAUACAUACCAAGACCUAGAAAAGAAAGACGGCUCUCAAGAGUAUGACUUAAGAGAAACCGAUGAAGAUAAGAAGAGCACGGCGGAAAGACCCAAGAGUACCAAGUCCGGUGUCAGCUCCAUCGCAGAAGAAGGGUCAGGAAAGAAAGAAGGGGACGGUAAGACAAGUACGGUGAAUGCAUCUAUGGUGGAGUCGGAAAUAGGAGAGGGCGAAGGUGUAGGGGAAGAAGCAAAGGAAUCCACAUCAAAAUCACAAGAAGAAAUCCUUGCUUCAGAGGAGCUGAAACGAGACAUGUUUGUAAUGGAGAGAGUUGUCACACUAAACAUAUUACAACACAAACAGGCUGCCUAUAGGAACCUUCCUAUCUAUCCAGAUGUUGACCGAGUAGAACCAGAGGAGACGGAGAGCCAAACCUCGCUACCCACCAGCGGUACAGCAGCACCCCCUCCCGCCUCGGCAGCGAACCAGGUCAACCUGACCCAGCUAGGUCCCAACCUUGACAGGCUCUGGGCCUACUCCUGCAGUCUCACCAAAGGACGGAAUGUCAGCUGUAUGGCAUGGAAUAAAGGCAAUCGGGAUCUAUUGGCAGUCGGCUACGGUCAGUUUGGUUUCACUGAGCAGAAAGGAGGCUUAGCCUGCUGCUGGUCACUCAAGAACCCAGAGUAUCCAGAGAGAGUGUUCAACUGUGAGGCAGGAGUGACUGCAAUGGAUUUCUCUGUAUCAAAUCCAAAUCUGUUAGCGGUUGGUCUCUACAAUGGCACGGUGGCAAUAUACAAUGUGAGAGCUUCAAGUGAUGAACCUAUUCUUGACAGCUAUGAAAGUCGGUCCAAGCAUGCGGCCCCUGUGUGGCAGCUGCAGUGGGUUGAGAAGGAGAGAGGGUCAUCAAACGAUGAGAGGGUAGAGGUCCUCGUCUCAAUCUCGACAGACGGCAGAGUGGCACAAUGGCAGAUCAGGAAGGGCUUUGAGAGUGCAGAGCUCAUGAAACUGAAGAAGACGGCUAAGGCUACCAAGAAGCAGACCACACAGGCCAACAAAGACCAGAAGGAGAAGGGAGAAGCCUUCAUCACGAGACAAGCUGCCGGAUUCUCCUUUGAUUUCUAUCCAAAAGACAGCAACAUCUACCUGGCAGGCACAGAGGAUGGUUUGAUUCACAAGUGUUCCUGUUCUUACAAUGAGCAGUAUCUGGAUACCUAUAAUGGCCACACGGGUCCUAUUUACAAGAUUCGCUGGUCACCAUUCAUCAGCGAUAUCUUCUUGAGCUGUAGCGCUGACUGGAGUCUCCGUCUCUGGAUGCAAGAUCGUCUUCAACCUGUUCUCAACUUCUUCUCAUCAACGAAAGCCGUCAUGGACGUGUGUUGGUCACCUACGUCACCGACUGUCUUUGGAUGUGUCAAUGAGGGCGCUGUUGAGAUCUGGGAUUUGAGUGUGAACACGUUGGACCCUAUCAUUGUGAGUGUCCCUGCCCCUGGUGUGAAGCUGUCUUGUCUCACCUUUGCCCACAACUCUGAUUGUAUUCUUGUUGGUGACAGCGAGGGCCAGGUAUCUGUCUAUCAGCUCAGAUGUAUGCCUCCAGUUGGAGAUGAUCAGUCUGAGAAACUGAAGCAGCUUCUAGAGCAGACCAUUGCAGGGCAGUUAAGAACCUAGCUGAUCCCGUCUGUGUGUGGGUACAUCUCCCAUCAUCACUCCAUCCGUCCAGUCUUUUCGCCGAGCCAC